UGCUUUGGAUUGAACAACUCCUACUUUUCUCCCGCUUAUAAAAAGAACACGUUGUCAUUGCCUUCUUCAGCACCUCAAAGUACAAAGAAACAGAGCAAUGGAGCGCAUAAACAUUUUUGUUGGAUCUUCACAGAUCGCCACAACUCGUCUUUUAGUGGCAGCUACGAGCUUUUUCUUCUGCACACAAAUCGCCCUUGCUGCCAACAAAACGUCGAAGCCUAUUGUUCCUGCUGUUAUUUUGUUUGGUGACUCCAUUGUUGAUCCUGGAAAUAACAAUGCUAUAAAAACUAUUGUGAAAUGUAAUUUUCCUCCAUAUGGCAAGGACUUCAUCGGCCAUGUACCUACUGGGAGAUUCUGCAAUGGCAAGAUACCUGGUGAUCUUAUAGCCUCAAGUCUGGGUGUAAAGGAAAUAGUCCCUGCUUAUGUCGGCCAAAAUCUAGGAGCAGAGGACCUACUCACUGGAGUCAGCUUCGCUUCCGGAGCCACUGGAUACGAUCCCUUGACCCCCAUUAUUACUUCGUCGAUAUCAAUGCCGGAUCAGUUAAAACUAUUUGCAAAAUACAAAGAGGAACUGAAGAACAUCGCCGGAAAAGAGAGGGCAGAUUAUAUAAUAAAAGAGAGUCUAUACGUGGUGUGUUCCGGCUCCGAUGAUCUCGCCAACACCUAUUUUAUCACCCCCUUCCGCAGUGCUCACUACGACAUCCCAUCCUACGUUAACCUGCUUAUCAGCUACUCUUCACAAUUCAUCCAGAACUUGUAUCAAAUGGGAGCACGUAAAAUAGGAUUUGUGGGACUCCCUCCUGUGGGCUGCUUACCUUCACAAAGAACCCUUGGAGGAGGGUUGUUAAGACGAUGUGUGCCAAUUCGGAAUGAGGCUGCACAGCUUUAUAAUUCAAAAAUUAAUGCAGAACUCCAAAGGCUAAGUAGGACUUUAAAUGGCACAUUACUGAUCUAUCUGGAUAUCUACACUAUAAUACUUGACCUUGUUCAGAGACCCUCAGUUUAUGGAUUUGAUGUCUCAAAUAAAGGAUGUUGUGGAACCGGAGAUAUAGAGGUUUCAGUACUAUGCAAUCCAAAGUUACCUACUUGCCCAGAUGAUACCAAAUAUGUAUUUUGGGAUAGCUAUCACCCCACCGAAAGAGCUUAUAAAAUCAUAGUAGAUAAUCUUCUUCAAAAGUACCUCAAAUAUUUGUACUAAAUAGAGGAUAUAUUUUUCCAUCAUAAAUAUUAUUUUUAUGAUGGAUAAGAGGAAGUUUGUAUUAUUUAACCAGUAACCUCAAAGCAGCCUCAUUGUCGCUUCUCAUUUAUUAGCCAACAUAAUCACUGCCUAAGCUAUGUUUCUUUUCGUUGGUGAUGCACCUCUAUGCAAGGUUCAUUAUUUUUGAUAA